AUGUCUCUCGUCGGAAAAGUCGCUCUCGUCACCGGUGCUUCCAAAGGAAUCGGCCGAGCCACAGCCCUACGCCUCGCCAAGGACGGCGCCAAUGUGGUAGUGGGAUAUAACUCGAACCCCGAAGCAGCCCAAGAGGUUGUGAAUGAGAUUGGAACUGAUAAAGCGAUCGCAAUUCAAGCCAAUGUAGGCGAUGUGGCCGAAAUAACAUCCCUCGUCGAUCAAAGCAUCCAGCGCUUCGGCAAGAUUGAUCUGCUGGUCCCCUGCGCUGGUAUCAUGACCCUCACUACACUUGAAGACACGACGGAGGAGGUCUACGAUAAGAUGUUUACCUUGAAUGUUAAAGGACCCUAUUUUCUAUGCCAAAAAGCCGUUCCACAUAUGGGCCCUGGGUCACAUAUUGUCCUCUUAUCUACAACACUAUGUGCUGCCUCCACUGUCAUGCCUACCUACUUGCCCUAUGUUACAACCAAGGGCGCAGUCGAGCAGAUGACUAGGGUUAUGUCGAAGGAUGUCGCCCGCAAAGGAAUUAGUGUCAACUGUGUGGCCCCCGGGCCUACUGCCACCGAUCUGUUCAUGCGGAAUCAGUCCGAGCAGACGCUGAAAUUUUUGAAGGGUCUCAAUCCCAAUGGGAGGAUUGGAGAUACCGAGGACAUCGCUGAUAGUAUUGCAUUCUUAUGUAGUAGUGAUAGUCGCUGGGUGACUGGGCAGACACUUCGUGUGAAUGGGGGAAUGGCAUGA